AUGGACUCCCCGGUGCAGAUAUUCCGCGGAGAGCCGGGCCCCACCUGCGCCCAGAGCGCCUGCCUGCUCCCCAACGGCAGCGCCGGGCUCCCGGGCUGGGCCGAGCCGGACGGCAACGGCAGCGCCGGCCCCGAGGACGCGCCGCCGGAGCCCGCGCACAUCUCCCCGGCCGUUCCGGUCAUCAUCACGGCGGUCUACUCCGUGGUUUUUCUUCUGGGUGCUGCUGGGUGGAAAUGCUAUUGUUUCUUAUCUUUUAGAUACACAAAGAUGAAGACAGCAACCAACAUUUAUAUAUUUAACCUGGCUUUGGCAGAUGCUUUAGUUACUACAACCAUGCCCUUCCAGAGCACGGUCUAUCUGAUGAAUUCCUGGCCUUUUGGAGAUGUGCUGUGCAAGAUAGUCAUUUCUAUUGAUUACUACAACAUGUUUACCAGCAUCUUCACCUUGACCAUGAUGAGUGUGGACCGCUACAUCGCUGUGUGUCACCCCGUGAAGGCUUUGGACUUCCGCACGCCCUUGAAGGCAAAGGUUAUCAAUAUCUGUAUUUGGCUCCUGUCAUCAUCUGUUGGCAUAUCUGCAAUAGUGCUUGGAGGCACUAAAGUCAGGGAAGACGGGGACGUUAUCGAGUGCUCCUUGCAAUUCCCGGAUGAUGACUACUCCUGGUGGGACCUUUUCAUGAAGAUCUGUGUCUUCGUCUUUGCCUUCGUGAUCCCCGUCCUCAUCAUUGUCGUCUGCUACACCCUGAUGAUCCUGCGUCUCAAGAGCGUCCGGCUGCUCUCUGGCUCCCGGGAGAAGGAUCGCAACCUCCGCCGGAUCACCCGGCUUGUCCUGGUGGUGGUGGCGGUCUUCAUUGUCUGCUGGACCCCCAUUCACAUUUUCAUCCUCGUGGAGGCUCUGGGGAGCACCUCCCACAGCACCGCUGCCCUCUCCAGCUACUACUUCUGCAUCGCCUUGGGUUACACCAACAGCAGCCUGAACCCCAUCCUCUAUGCCUUCCUGGAUGAAAACUUCAAGCGGUGUUUUAGGGACUUCUGCUUUCCAAUUAAGAUGAGGAUGGAACGACAGAGCACUAGCAGAGUCAGAAAUACAGUUCAGGAUCCUGCAUACAUGAGAGAUGUCGAUGGCAUGAACAAACCUGUAUGACUAGUCGUGGAGAUGUCUUCUUGCAGUUCUGCGGGAAGAGAAGAGUUCAAUGAUCUAGGUGUGACUCAGAUAACCACCGGAGUCUGAGAGGACAAGACAGAAUUGUUAACACCCUUUUAGAGGUCUGGUGGUCUGGAGUCAUAAGAUACAGACUGCAUUCGUGAUCCAGGCCAGUAAAAAGGUCAAGGCUGUGGUGAUGGAGGACAAAAGGUUCAAGCAACAAAUGCUACUCUUCUCUAGGACACAGAAGCAAGGCUGACUCCCAGCUCCUCUGAUAAACAAGGCGACAGGUCUUUUUCUUCUGGUGACCUAGAUUUAGUAUGACGCCCAUCUGCUUUGGCCUUCCUAUGCAACGUGGUUUCAAAACCUCUAUUUACGAGAAAAGAAAAAAGACCAAAAAAAAUAUUGGUUUCAGAGCUCUGUGAGCAUCCAAUCCAGAUGUUUAACAAUGACAGCAACAACCUCAAAAGAAUAAGAACUGUUUCCAGGGUUCAUGCCCAGCUCACCUUGUGCUGGGUGGACACACAAUUCAUGUAUGGUGUGGGUAUGGCUUGGAUCCAUACCUGAGAUGUCUGAUGUUCAUUUAUAGUAGAACAUUAUCUUGAUAUUUAUGAAAUUAUUUAAACAUAGAAAUGGUGAUUUCUAACUUAGUUGAACUUCUUGAAAACUAUGGUUAUUUGGGUUUUUUUCUUAGCAUGCUAUUCAGGUAAACAAUAAAGCAUGUCCUGAUGUCAAGAAGAAAAGUGGUUUGAAUACCACCAAAAGUAUAUGUAGUUUCAUCUGUAAAUAACAGUACAUGUGAAAAUAAGGAAUGGGUUUGUCUUCCAGAAGGAGAUUUCUGAGGACUCCCUAAUGAUAGCCCCUGAGUUAUUAAGAGUUGAUGCUGAGAUGUCUUGCUGGGAAUUAGUCUCUCUCAGACUCCCCCAAACACCAUUUAGUCCUUUAACAGUGCUCAUAACUCAUGUGUUAAUGAAUCACAAAACCUGUAAUUCACUCCCAGGAUGUAGCCUCUGCAGAAUCUAGCUUAUUUGUAGCAUCUCUUUAUGCAUAUGUAGCUAUUACUAGAUUCUUUGUCCAAGGAGAAGAAGGUAUUUUGCUUAUUUUACUCUCAUCAUGUUUGUCUCUAUUUUGGAUUAUUAUUCUAGCUUAUUAUGACACAGAUGACUUACGGCAUGAGGGAAGGGAUUUUUUUUGUAAUGAAAAUGAAUGCUCUUUUGAAUAUUUCUUAAAUUUCAAAAUACUAUUUUGUGACUUUCAGCAAGAAGUAGAAGUAUUCCUAAAUGUGUGCUAAAUGAGGACGUUAUGUCCUUUGUGGUGCCUGGUGCCUGGACAUACCUUGUAUAGCGUUCUGUGAAGGGCAUACCUGCUGAGGAUAAUGCCAUGAACAGCAUAUUUAGGGUAAUUUUGCUAAAACUUCCAGGUGAUAUAAAGUUUCUCUUUUCCCACACGGAAACUUGUAGUUUCAGAGGUAAUGUCUUGUUCUGUAAUUUGCCUGGGAAGAAAAUGGGAUAAUUUAGAAAUAACACUCAUCUCUAGACUAUAUCUUAUUAUGGUAACACCCACUAGAAUUUAAUAGAAAAAUCAAAUGUAUAGACCCAUAUAACUACACACAUCACUACAUCUGUAUGUUCUGUUCACCAUGCACUUUCUA